AUGGCACGGGAGAUAUUAGCGAUUUGCCCACCUCGCUUCCCCCGCCCGUCGCCCUCGCUCUUCCCGCGCACCACCUCCUCCCCGCCCGUCGCCUCGCCUCCUCCCUGCCCGUCGCCUUUGCUUCCUCCGCCCGCCCUCGCUUCUCCCCUCCCGUUGCCCUCGCUUCCCAUACCCGCCGCCCUCGCUUCCCCCGCCCGUCGCGUACCGCAUCUUCCCCGCCUACCACCCUCGCCUCGCGGGUCGCCAUCGCCGCCUCCCCCUCCCGUCGACCUCGCUUUCCCCCUCCCGUCGACCUCGCUUUCCCCCUCCCGUCCACCUCGCUUUCCCCCUCCCGUCGACCUCGCUUUCCCCCUUCCGUCGGCCUCGCUUUCCCCCUCCCGUCGCCCUCGCUUUCCCCCUCCCGUCGCCCUCGUUUUCCCUCCCCAUCGCUCGCCGAGUCGACCUCUCCUCUCCCACCUGUCGCUGCGUCAACAUUCCCCUGCUUUCCAUUCCCACUCUCAACCCUCAUCGCCUCUUUUCCCCUCGAACAACAUCAUUUCCCUUUCCCUACCUUUGAACUUCCAUGGUAUUUUUUCUCACGCCUUCCCUGCAAUUCCUCCCCUUCUAACCCAAUCCUCCUCCGCCACUCCUCGCCUCUCUCACACUCCUCGCCUCUCUCACACUCCUCGCCUCUCUCACACUCCUCGCCACUCUCACACUCCUCGCCUCUCUCACACUCCCCGCCUCUCUCACACUCCUCGCCUCUCUCACACUCCUCCUCGCCUCUCUCACACUCCCCGCCUCUCUCACACUCCUCGCCUCUCUCACACUCCUCGCCUCUCUCACACCCUCGACGUGCGCAAGGCGCAUGCCAUCAGCGCACGCCAGGCAGCGGCCAGCGUGGUGGCGCUGUUCGGCGAGUGCAGCACGGACAGGGCUGCUCUCACUAUGUUUCUCCCUGCUCGCUCCCUUCCCGCUCCUCACUCUGUUUCCCCCUUGCUCGCUCUGUUUCCUCUCUUCCCCCCUGUUUUUUCUAUUCCCCCCUGCUCACUCUCUUCCUCCACUGCUCAUUCUCUUCCCCUUGCUGCUCGUUCUGUUUUCCCCUGCUCGCUCUCUUCCCCUUGCUCACUAUGUUUCUCCCUGCUCACUAUCUUCCCACCUGCUCACUCCCUUUCAACAUGUUCUCUCUCUUUCCCCCUGCUCAAUUAUUUUACCUCUGCUCACUGUCUCCCCUGCACUCUGUUUUUCCCUGCUCAUUCUGGUGGGGCGGAAUGGGGUGACCUUGAGAUGGGGUGGGGCGGAGUGGGCCAGGGCGGAGUGGGGUGGGGCGAAGAUGGGGGAGAGCGGAGUGGGGUGGGGCGGAGAUGGGGGAGAGCGGAGUGGGGUGGGGCGGAGAUGGGGGAGAGCGUAGUGGGGUGGGGCGGAGAUGGGGGAGAGCGUAGUGGGGUGGGGCGGAGAUGGGGGAGAGCGUAG